AAAGCCUCUGGUCACGGCGCGGCACGCUGACGCAACCACGUUGCUCUUCCUCAACACGAUGGCGGACCGCACCGUGCCCAGACCUGCCCAGGCUGGGACCGAGAAAAGUCGCUGACCGCCUUCCUCACCGGCACCGUUGUUUUUGUCCUCAUACCGCCUGUCAAAAGAGGAAACGCUCUCACAGACAUCCCUCCUACGGAAUAGGCUAGCAUGCGGGACGUUAUCUCCGUGGAAUAAUGUUUGCUGGGACGAAGUAGUGUAGGAAGCAAGUGAGCCGGGCUGACGCACGCGUGCCGUGCAGCAAGUUGACUGAAAUAACAAAAGUCGCGUCAACAGGGAAGGGGACAGUCGCACUCGGAUUUACGGAGGUUUGGGGGAUACUUGUUCCGGCAAAAUGAAAUUCGCGGAGCAUCUUUCAUCCCAUAUCACUCCGGAGUGGAGGAAACAGUAUCUUCAAUAUGAGGCAUUCAAGGACAUGCUGUAUGCCGCCCAGGACCAAGCACCGUCCAUAGAAGUCACAGAUGAAGACACAGUCAAGAGGUACUACGCCAAGUUUGAGGAGAAGUUCUUCCAGACCUGCGAGAAGGAGCUGCUGAAGAUCAACACGUUUUAUUCAGAAAAGCUGGCGGAGGCCCAGCGUCGCUUCGCCACGCUCCAGAAUGAGCUGCAGUCCACGCUGGACGCCCAGCGCGAGAGCAACGCCCCGGCGGGCCUGCGCAAGCGCAAGACGGUGUUCCACCUUUCGCAGGAGGAGCGCUGCAAGCACCGCAACAUCAAGGACCUGCAGCUGGCCUUCAGCGAGUUCUACCUCAGCCUCAUCCUGCUGCAGAACUACCAGAACCUGAACUUCACCGGGUUCCGUAAGAUCCUGAAGAAGCAUGACAAGAUCCUGGACACGCCCCGUGGGGCGGACUGGCGCGUGGCCCACGUGGAGGUGGCCCCCUUCUACACCUGCAAGAAGAUCACCCAGCUCAUCUCCGAGACAGAGGCCCUGGUGACAGCAGAGCUGGAGGGUGGGGAUCGCCAGAGGGCCAUGAAGAGGCUCAGAGUUCCUCCAUUGGGAGCAGCUCAACCCGCUCUGGCGUGGACAACCUUCCGCGUGGGUCUCUACUGCGGAGUCUUCAUCGUCCUCGCUGUGGCCUUCAUCCUCACCGCUGCUGUGAUCAUCAAAGACGAGAACAUCUGGCCACUGGUGAGGAUCCACCGCGGCGGCUUCCUGUUGAUCGAGUUCCUCUUCCUGUUGGGCAUCAACACCUACGGCUGGAGACACGCCGGGGUCAACCACGUCCUCAUCUUCGAGAUCAACCCGCGCAACAACCUCUCCCACCAGCACCUGUUUGAGAUCGCUGGUUUCCUGGGUGUGCUGUGGUGUACCAGCAUCCUGGCCUGCCUGUACACGUCCUCGGACUACAUCCUGCUGCCCAUGCAGGUGUACCCGCUGGUGCUGUACGGCUUCAUGCUGCUCUUCCUCAUCAACCCCCUGAAGACCUGCUACUACAAGUCCCGCUUCUGGCUCCUCAAGCUGCUGUUCCGGGUGUUCACCGCUCCGUUCCACCGGGUGGAGUUCGCAGACUUCUGGCUGGCGGACCAGCUCAACUCCCUGGUCAUCGUGCUCAUGGACCUGGAGUACCUCAUCUGCUUCUACAUCUUCGACCUGCAGUGGGGCAACAGGAAGGGCCUACUGCCCAGCGGCAAAGAUCACUUCGUGUGCCACAGCUACUCGUACGGCGUGCGGGCCGUCAUCCAGUGUCUCCCCGCCUGGGUGCGCUUCGUCCAGUGCCUCCGGCGCUACCGCGACACCAAGCGCGCCUUCCCUCACCUGGUGAACGCCGGGAAGUACUCCACCACCUUCUUCGUCGUGACCUUUGCCGCGCUCUACAGCACGCACCGAGAGCAGAAGCAUGCGGACGCGGACACCUUCUUCUACCUGCUCAUCGUCUUCUCCACCGUCAGCUCCCUGUACACGCUGGUCUGGGACCUGCGGAUGGAUUGGGGGCUGUUUGACCGCGGGGCCGGGGAGAACACCUUCCUCCGGGAAGAGAUUGUUUACCCGCACAAGGCGUACUACUACUGCGCCAUCAUCGAGGAUGUGAUCCUGCGCUUCGCUUGGACCAUCCAGAUCUCCCUCAGCACCAUCACCAGCACCCACUCCACGGGGGACAUCGUGGCCACCGUGCUCGCCCCCCUCGAGGUCUUCAGACGCUUCGUGUGGAACUUCUUCCGCCUGGAGAACGAGCACCUCAACAACUGCGGCGAGUUCCGCGCGGUGCGGGACAUCUCGGUGGCGCCGCUGAACGCCGACGACCAGACGCUGCUGGAGCAGAUGAUGGACCAGGACGAGGGCGUGAGGAACCGCACGGGCAAGAAGCCCCGCAAGAGGUCCUACAGCCUGUCUCUGCUGCGCCCCCUGCUGUCCACCUCCCAAUCCAAGAAGGACACAAAGGUGUUGAUUGAAGAUACGGAUGAUGAGGCCUUCAGCUGAGUCCAGCCAUGAGAGCCAGAUACACACAGAUACACACACAAACACACAUACACAUAUAUGCACAAAUACAAAAACACCCCCACACACACACCAACAUAUACACAGAUACACACACACACGCAUACAGUAUGUAUGCAAACACAAAUACACACGCGCACACACACACACACACACACACACACACACGCACACACGCACAUGACGCUGGUCACAGAAUACCUUGAAAGCUACGAGUCAACAACCUGCUGAAGCACAAGUAUAGUAUAAGAUAGUAAAGUUUAGCAUAGCAUAGUACUACUACAGUAUAGCAUAGUAUUUCUACAGUGGAGCGUGACUACACACAGCCAUACAGAUGAGACGUUGAAGGUUACGCGAAGAGCCGAGACCACACUGCCGCAGGAAGUUUCUGAGUAUUCUUUUGUUCUUUCUUUUUAGCUAUUUUUUUUACUUUGAGACGUUUUGUAUAUUUCUUUUAAAAAAAAGUUUCCGUAUUUUUUUUUUUUAGUUGCAGAGAUAUAUAGUAGACGGCUAUAAACGACUGUUUACAAGCAUUCUCACUAGAUCGACAGGGAUUUUAAAAGCAUAUUUAAAGGACUGAUACUCAACAAUAACACGCCUGAGGAAAGGACUCAACAAACGUUAGCAGCAUAUCAGAAAAAAUCAACUGGUUUCAACUCGUUGGUUCUUUUAUACAGCUCUUCUUUUACCUGCUGGUUGUUUUAUAAGAGUUUGGGAUUGGUUUUGUUUAUUGAGUUUUGCUGACGUCACUGAAUAGCUACGACCCUGUAUGCACUCACUGAAAAGGUGCAAUUAAUACGUAAACAAAUCGAAACAUUUACAAAAAAAAAAAGUAAUUAUGUUCUGUUCGAAACAUAUUCCUUAUCUGUAAACAAUGUUUGAUGGGUGUAUAUCUGCCCGAUGCAUCUUUGCCUGGAUAUUUUUCAUGAAUUUUCUACAGUUUAAUUAUUGUUUUAUUUUUAAUGUCUGGUCUUGUGCCAGAUCUUCAACACACAGCCAGGAGUCAAGCAACAGCCAACAAAAAAAAACUUGGAUGGUUUAUAUCAAAGUGCCCUAUGGCUAUUUAUUAUUGUAUGUGCAUCGCUAUUCUUUACUAUAUUCAUUACCAAAGCAUUGUAACCAUGAAUGUGUCUGUGGUGAGAUUCACUUAACCUGCCUGAGCUGAAUUAGGGCUUUGUGUUUUCACAAACAGGGCCAGAAUGCACUGGUGAUGAUAACGUCUGAAACACUGAAUAACUGACUUCAGCUUUGGCUCUUGUAGUCUUAAAUGGUUAAGGGCUGUCUGCCAAUCGUCAUGAAUGCUGUCAUGUAGUAAACACUGCCUCCAGAGGCCGACUGGGCUAGUCUCAGCACCUGCAGAGUCCGGGUUUAUCCAGGAUUUAUUCCUCAGUAUCCAACACAUCUUCUGUUGUCAUGUUCACUGUUGCCUAAUUUUUUUCAAAGCACUUUGUUGAAUUAUUUGAUGUGUUAUUUUGUUUCUCCCCCCCCCCAUUCUAUUCGGCACUACCUUCUAGAUUGAACUGGUUUAAAAGUAUGUUGCUGCCUCGUCCUUUGAGGCCCCUUUGCUCUCGGAGGAAAGACCGCAACUUUGAAAGGAAACGGGUAAAAUGUGUGUUUCGCGCUUUGUUUCACUUCCUGUCUGGCCCUUAUCCCUUCACUGAACUCUCAGUUCGUUGUCUGCAGCCCACCCCUGUGACUGUCUCACCGAACCACCGCCCCCGAGUGGACAGGCCGUCAGAACGGGUGCUCUAUACUCAAACAGAAAGGACUGUUUGUCUUCCGGUCCUAAUGUGAUUCUGUCUGGAUGAGAGAUGUUGUUCUAAUCUAGAGAGAUCUACCUUCCCACUGAAAAGUGUCGUAGCAUUUCAGUCCCUCCUGUUCUGUGCAGUGGCGCCAUCGUCGUAGUAAGUAGUAGGGAAGGAUUCUGUGUCUCCUAUAGGGUUAGCAUUUAGAAAAAACAACGGAUAGAUGUCCUAUCCAAGCCAAUGUAUAUAAAUGUCAUGUACUACUGAAGCUCACUCAUCUCCGCGAGAGGUUACAAUGUUGCACACCCCCACACUCCACUCGCCCCAACACACGUAGACACGCACACGCACACAUUGAUGUACACAAACACAAACGCACAUACACGUAGCCCGCAUUGCCUCACUGCGAUUGUGUUGUGCCAGAUAGUGCAAGCUUACUACCGAGUGUUUCUGUAGUAUGUUGAGUUGCCUGCAUGCUGCUUUUUUUUUGUUGUGUUCUUGCAUUGUAAAUAGAUGUUAAUUUAUUUUCCAUGAUGUGUAUAUUAACAAUCAUUGACGCCGCCGUGACAAUGAUUGCUUUCAUACGUUUGAAUGUUUUGCUAAAAAAAAAAGAAGAAGCAGUAUUUUAGGUGGAGAGGAGGAGCUUUUCUUCCAUUGUUCAUAGCCCUGCACUCUUUUCUAGCUGUAAAUCUGUCAAGACUGUGUUUGUAUACAAAAGAGAAGACAUAAAAAAAAAAAAACAGAACUUCAGAAGUGAUUCUGGAUUGUGAUUGGUUGUAUCUUGUUGGUGCUCCUCUCCAUACACCCGGGCGUCCGCCCCCAUCGUCAUCCAGGGUUUGUGGAAAAGUCGAAGACAAGAGAAGGGAGGAUUCCUGUGUGCUCAAAUCCCAAUUAUAUUAAAGUGUUCACACGUGCAUGUACUUUAAAACCACCGGGGAAAAACUAAAGGAACGUGACAUUCUGGACAAGUAGGCUCCAUCCGGCCCAUCAAGCGACCCAUUAUGUCGGUUGUUUAAAUAUCGAGCCAGUGAAAGUUGAGCACGUCCUGGUAGAAUGGUGGGCAGUAGGCCUGCAGAGUACAACCAGCAUUCCUGUAGAAACUGUUGUGAAAACAACCAACGAUUCUGGGAGGGAAUCACAAACGGAUCUGGGAACUGCAUAUAGUCCGCUGGGAAUAAUUCUGACUGACAGCAAGCUUUACUGUGAAAGCCGGGUUAAAUAGGAAUCUUUAUAUGUGCAGUGUCUUGUUAUUCAAAGACAUCUUUACAGAGGUACAGUAUGGACAACCCGCUGAAAAUAGGGGUUAUUUUGUACAGUUUUUGAUUGAUAUUUUGAUGAUAAUGAUGGAAACGCAAGCCCUGACGUCACAUUUUAUUCAUGGUUAGAAAAACAUUAUUGAAACUGCCAUGACUUAACUGUUUUUAGUGCUUGCUAACCCCCCUAAUGUAAAAGUGCUAGUUGAUAUCUCCAUGUCCCUCCCCCUUCUUUCUCUCUUGAUGUCGUAGCCUUUCUAUAAUCUAGCUGAACGUGAUUGUACAUGUAGUUCAAUAGAUGGAUGUACUACUUUGAUAAGAGGAACAAAGUAAUAGUAAAUGCAUUAUGUGGUUGCAAGUGAUUUAAACAACCUGAGACAAAAGAAAAAUAAAUGUCUUACAAGUCUAGCCAUUGUCUUGGGCCCCUUCUACGAAGUAGUUUGUAAACGUUGAGUGUAUAACACUGUACUAUGAUGGUUUUCCUGAUGGUAUUUGUAUUUCUGUAUACACUUUGGUUAUCCUGUCAUAUCUGGGUUUUAUAAACCACGCUUAUUUUUAAAACUCUCA